AUGGUCGCCAGCUUCCUGGUUCUGGUCUUGUUUCUAUAUUAUUACCAUCGCAAACGAUGCUGUAAAGAUCACCCCCUUGUCACAGAAUGGCCUAUACUCGGCAUGUUGCCACCAUUUCUUGGUGAUCUGUGCCACUUCCAAGACUUGCUAACUCACGCUUUGCAAACACAAGGUGGUACUGCAAACUUCCAUGGACCAUCGUUCACUGAGAUCAACUCUCUCAUGACCUGUGAUCCCAUGAACGCGCAUCACAUCAUGAGCAAGAACUUCGGCAACUACGUGAAGGGGCCUGAGUAUCGCAGGAUUUUCAGAGCUUUCGGAGAAGGGGCUCUUGUUGCAGAUUUAGACUCGCAACCGCUUGACGUGGAUCUGCAAGACGUGUUCAAUCGCUUCAGCUUCGACACUAUUAGCUCCGUACUCUUGGAACGCGACCCAAAGUGCCUUGCUGUUGAUUUUCCAGAAAUUGCAUGGGAGAGAGCUUUAAAUGAAUCCGAGGAGUUUUUACUCUACAGAUACGUAGUGCCUAGAAGCGUCUGGAAGCUUCAGAGGUGGCUCGGAAUUGGACCAGAGAAGAAAAUGGUCAAAACAAUCGAAACUUUUGACCAAUUCCUCCUUGGAAGUAUAGCAUCAAAGAGAGAAGGGAUCAGGCAAAGGAAGGAAAUGAAGAAGAAAGAGGACGAUGAUCAUGACUUGCUAAUGGUAGGGAGACUGUAA